CGUCGUGACGAAGAAAAGUCACCACCUUGCGAUAGUUCUCCAAAGCAACAACCACUGAUGAACGUUCAUAUAGCAUAACAGGUUUUGCUAGCAUGCUACAUGGCAGUAGGUUUGUAUCGGAAGGUCGAAAUUAGGACAGCGCCUUUCUACACAAAUUGGGAACUGUUUUAUGACGGGAAACCAUUGCUGUAAACCUAGGACAUAGGGUCAUACGAGAGUGUCAAAGUCAAAUUCCGUUUGUCCUUCGUAGCCAGCCAACGUUAAAUAUUUAGCUAGCUAACGUUAGCUAGCUUGUUAGGUCAAGAGUAGCCCAGAAAACAACAUUAGCUCGCAAACAUGGCUGCAAUAAGAGUUUCAUAUCACAAGUUAUUGGACAAGAUCGGGCUUCUUUUGCCAGCAAAACUGAGACCUAUCUACAAUCACCCUGCAGGUCCGAAGACUGUUUUCUUCUGGGCCCCAAUGUUCAAAUGGGGCCUCGUCAUGGCGGGUCUGGCAGAUAUGAGUCGACCAGCAGAGAAGCUCAGCCUCUCGCAGUCCUGUGUGUUGACAGCCACAGGUCUGGUCUGGUCCAGAUACUCAUUGGUCAUCAUUCCGAAGAACUGGAACCUCUUUGCUGUCAAUUUGUUUGUCGGUAGUGCUGGAAUAUCCCAACUCUACAGGAUCUUCCGGUAUGAGCAACAGAAGAAAGCAGAUGCCAAGGAGCAGGCUAUCACACCUGUGGAGUCUUGAGUGUAACCAAUCCAAUUCAACCCCCUGGAUUGAAAGGGAGCCUCCUUGCCUGAAGAAAACCAGACCCUCCAUCCUUCUUCCAUCCUCACUCCAUGUUACAGUACAAAGAAACAUGUUUCCUUGCUGGAAAGCCACUAAUUUGCCUGGAUUUCUUCAGGUCUAUUAAUCCUUACCAAAACAAUGACAACGGUGAUCAUCGACGCACAAUGUGUAGUAUUGUUAAGUUUUACUUCAUGCCAUAACUUAUGAUUUGUGUAAUUUCAUUAAUUUAUGCUUUUUAUUUUUUUGCAUCAACAUACCUCAUGAUAGUUUCCUAACAAUGGAGGUCUUGAAGAUGGUUAUAAAGAAUGUCUCCAAAUACAUUUUAGAAUUAGAAGUGUCACCUUUUCCAUCCCCAAUGCUUAUUGUUUUUGGUAAGUUAACACCUGUACCUCAAGGAUAACUAAUGCAUAAUGUUACUGUUCCAUCCACAUUUAAUUGUUAAACCCAUAUAGUAAAUUAAGUACUGGUGGCGGUUACUGUGGAUUCUCAAAAUAGCACCUAUUGCCAAUAGCUACAUGAAUCACUUUUCAGCAAUGAAUUGAGCAUUAUAGUUUCAAGUAGCACCUUGAUUUCCUAUAAUAAACACUUAAAACAGGUAGAGAAUUUAUAGAACGAGUAAUCUUUGGAGGUUUUAUAGCAAUAACUAGUACUACAUGUUAGUCCAAAAGGUACCCUGAAAACAUGCAAUUUCACUGAACCAGGUAAUAAUGAACAUGCAUUUGUGAAAAGUAUUUUGCAACGGGUAACAAUUAAAUCUUGGCUUACUUUGGAA